AUGUCCAUAGCCCAGGACCUCUCUCAAAAUGUCGAUGCAUUCCCCUGGGAUCUGGGCGUCUACGAUGCGCACUGUCAUCCGACCGAUACGAUGGCCUCGAUCGCCAAUAUCCCCGCCAUGAAGGCCACGGCCCUGACUAUUAUGGCAACGCGGGGCGAAGACCAAGAGCUGGUUCAACAAACGACGGAGUCUCUCAAUGGCGAUAAAGAAGUCAUCAGGGAAGAUAGAAUAGUUCCAGCUUUUGGCUGGCACCCAUGGUUUUCACACCAGAUCCUGGAUGACACACAAUCAGACACCCCGCAACAGAGAGAUGCGCAUUACACAGCCGUCCUAACACCGUCUCCAUCCGAAGAUUCUGAAUUUAUAAAGCGCCUCCCACAACCGAAAUUGCUUUCCACGCUGAUAGCCGAGACCCGAGACCGAUUGCAGCAGUUUCCAAACGCUCUCGUCGGCGAGGUGGGGUUGGACAAAUCAUUCCGAUUGCCUGGGGCCUGGACACAAGCAGAUCUUGAUAAUCGCGACGAAGAAAUUACCCCAGGAUCGCGGGAAGGCCGUCGUCUGUCCCCAUACAAAGUCAAAAUAGAUCACCAGCGAUUAGUAUUGAAAGCUCAACUGCAGCUCGCAGGUGAAAUGCAGCGUGCCGUCUCAGUGCAUAGCGUACAAUCGCAUGGAGCAGUCUUCGAAGUGCUCAAGGAAUUAUGGAAAGGACAUGAACGGGUAGUAUUGUCUCGACGGGAAAGGGAAAAGCUACAAGACGCUGAAGGCGCACUGUCCGACGAUGAAGAUGAAGACGAAGAUGCACAAGAGAACCAUCAGACCACGAACAAUAAGAGUAAGCUGCUAAAUACCCAGCCGCCACUCCCAUUCCCUCCACGAAUCUGUAUGCACUCCUACUCUGGACCUAUCGAACCAAUUCGGCAGUUUCUGCACAAGUCCAACCCGUCGGACGUCUACUUCUCCUUUUCGGCGAUCAUCAACUUCAGCGGGCUAUCGGCGCGGAAAGUCUCUGAUGUGAUCAAGGCGUUGCCCGCAGAGCGCAUCUUGAUCGAAAGUGAUCUUCAUACCGCUGGGCCGCAGAUGGAUCAGCUACUCGAAGAUGCGGCGCGGCAGAUCUCCGAAGUGCGCGGAUGGGCACUGCGAGAAGGUGUGCAGCAGCUCGCGGAGAAUUGGAGGCGGUUCGUCUUUGGAUGA